AUGUCAAACUUCUCGACCAUGCGGCUCCUGUCCCUCAUCUUCGCCCUAUCGCUACUCUUAUCAGCCAAUGCCUUCUCAACCGAUAUCCUUUACUGGCCCGUGGGGUCCUCACAGCCCUCCGUCCUUGCGCGCGUCUCCUAUGACCCGACAUCAUUGAAAUCGGACGUGGUCUCGUAUCACCCUCCAAAGGACCAGACAGACGGUCUGGUGCGUGUCGGUCUUUACACGUCAACCCAAACAAAUAAUAAGCAAUGGGUCGGAAGUCUUGUGUCGUUGGCCUCUUUGAUUGGCAACGAGCAGCCAACAUUUCGCCUCCACCUCGGUCCCGCCAACGAUGUCUACCACGUCUCCCUCUCUGCCCCCUCUAUCGCGCAACAAUCAACAUCUAGCCCUCGGGUCGAAAUUGUAUCCAAUGAAGUAGGGACACAACCUCACCUAAACCGCCCCGUGAUUGUUGGCCCCGAUGGCCAAAACCCGGAACAACCUGAAGAGAAGAGCCUUUUGCAGAAGUACUGGUGGGUUCUUCUCAUCGUCACGUUCAUCAGCAUGUCCGGCGGUGGUGGAGAAGGGUAG